GUUUGUAGUUGGAAGUGUUGAUUGCUAGAUAGCUGAAAACAGACCAGGGGGGACAUUAUAACAUAUAAUUUUGAACGGAAGCGAACUGUAGCUAAGGAGGAGAUUCUCCCCUGCGGACGCGACUAGGAGCUGUAGCCUUCUUUUUUUAGUCAUGAUGCGACUGGUUGGGUAGGUUGAGGCUGUUGCUGUUGCUGUGGAGCUGAUGCACACAAUACUGUUGCUGCCAUUUCUUUCACCGCCACCGCCAGGUUUACCGAAAGACAAUGUUGUUGAUGAAUUGUUGGUGUCGUCUGUGGCAAUAGUCACCACGAUGGUGAUUGGGCUGGGGGAGGUGGAUGCGCGAGCGACGAAAGCGGUGGAGGUGUUGGCCGUGGUGACGCACUAGCAUGAAGGGCACAUGGUGACGGUGGUAGCAUGGAGCUG